AUGUCCAACCAAUAAGAAAACAGAAUGAGAGAAAUUAAAAUAGCAAAAUUAGUUAUUAAUUGCUGUGUUGGAGAAUCUGGUGAUAAACUUACAAAAGCUGCAAAAGUUUUAAAAGAUUUAUCCGGAUAAGAACCUUGUUUUUCAAGAGCUAGAUAUACAAUUAGAUCAUUUGGCAUUAAAAGAAAUGAAAAAAUGGCUACCCAUGUCACUAUUAGAGGUGAUAAGGCAUAAGAUAUUCUUGAAAGAGGUUUAAGAGUUAAAGAAAUGGAACUAAGAAAAAAAAACUUUUCUAAAACUGGUAAAAUUACAUAGAUACAUAUAAAUAAAUUAAAUAAAUUUUUACUUAAAGGAAACUUUGGAUUCGGCAUUUAAGAACAUAUUGAUUUGGGAAUGAAAUAUGAUCCUUAUACUGGUAUUUUCGGUAUGGAUUUCUACAUUGUUCUUGAAAGACCUGGAAACAGAGUAGCAAGAAAAAGAAGAAGAUAAUCAAGAUUAGGAAACAACUAAAAAAUAACAAAAGAAGAAUGCAUAAAUUGGUUUAAAUAAAGAUUUGAAGGAAAUGUUUAUUGAAAAAUCAGUGAUUUUUUGUUAAUUCAAUAAUAAUAAAAAUAAAAUAUAUAACAG